CAAGGCAUUCAGUGCAAAACCUGGCCAGCAGCCCGAGUGAGUAGGAGCCAUGUGACUCUGGUGAGUUGGAGUGUGCAAUUGCCUCCUGCUUCAGAGCUACCUGAUCCGAAUACUAAGCAGAGCGAGUGCCGGGCUGAGUGUAAGACACUGAAGACACUGCAGAGCAAGGUGCUUAUUCCAGAGGCAUUACAAAACAUGGAGAUUAAAGACCAGGGAGCCCAAAUGGAGCCGCUGUUGCCUACGAGCUUGGAGAUCUUCAGGCAACAUCUUUUUUAGUCUGGAGCAGCUCAUGUUGUUGUGCUGAAGGAAAAAAAGAGAAAAACCCCAGUAUUUUCUUGACGCAGCAGAGAUGCCAAAUGCUAGCUUCCAGCCAUCUAUCAGCGUUCUCACAGAACAGCAGAAAUCCCCUCCCUGCACCAAACCAGACGGAGAGGCUGUUUCUCAGCUCUCUGCUACUCAGAGAAAUGAUGAAGAAGCAGUUGUGGAUAGAGGCGGUACUCGUUCUAUUCUCAAAACACACUUUGAGAAAGAAGAUUUAGAAGGUCAUCGAACACUGUUUAUUGGAGUUCAUGUGCCCCUGGGAGGAAGAAAAAGCCAUCGACGUCAUCGGCAUCGUGGUCACAAACACAGAAAAAGAGAUAGAGAGAGAGAUUCAGGGUUAGAGGAUGGACGGGAGUCACCUUCUUUUGACACUCCAUCACAGCGAGUACAGUUUAUUCUUGGAACCGAGGAUGAUGACGAGGAACACAUUCCUCAUGACCUUUUCACAGAACUGGAUGAGAUUUGCUGGCGUGAAGGUGAGGAAGCUGAGUGGCGAGAAACGGCCAGGUGGUUGAAGUUUGAAGAAGAUGUGGAAGAUGGAGGGGAAAGGUGGAGCAAACCGUAUGUGGCUACUCUUUCAUUGCAUAGCUUGUUUGAGCUGAGAAGUUGCAUUCUGAAUGGAACUGUGCUGCUGGACAUGCAUGCCAACACUUUAGAGGAAAUUGCAGAUAUGGUCCUUGACCAACAGGUGAGCUCAGGUCAGCUGAAUGAAGAUGUACGUCACAGGGUCCACGAGGCACUGAUGAAACAGCACCACCACCAAAAUCAGAAAAAACUUACCAACAGAAUUCCCAUUGUUCGAUCCUUUGCUGAUAUUGGCAAGAAACAAUCAGAACCAAAUUCCAUGGAUAAAAAUGGUCAGGUUCUUUCUCCUCAGUCUGCUCCUGCUUGUGUUGAAAAUAAAAAUGAUGUUAGCAGAGAAAACAGCACUGUUGACUUUAGCAAGGGACUGGGAGGCCAGCAAAAGGGGCACACUAGUCCAUGUGGGAUGAAACAAAGGCAUGAAAAAGGACCUCCACACCAGCAAGAGAGAGAGGUUGAUCUGCAUUUUAUGAAAAAGAUUCCUCCAGGUGCUGAAGCUUCAAACAUCUUAGUUGGAGAACUGGAGUUCUUAGAUAGAACUGUGGUUGCAUUUGUCAGGUUGUCUCCAGCUGUCUUGAUUCAAGGACUGGCUGAAGUCCCAAUUCCAACCAGAUUUUUGUUCAUUCUUCUGGGACCCCUGGGAAAGGGUCAACAGUACCAUGAGAUUGGCAGAUCAAUUGCAACACUCAUGACAGAUGAGGUCUUUCAUGAUGUUGCUUACAAAGCCAAAGAUCGCAAUGACUUGGUAUCAGGGAUCGAUGAAUUUCUGGAUCAGGUUACAGUUCUCCCUCCUGGAGAAUGGGACCCUAGCAUUCGAAUAGAACCUCCCAAGAAUGUUCCUUCACAGGAAAAGAGGAAGAUUCCUGCUGUACCAAAUGGAACAGCAGCUCAUGGGGAACCUGAGCCUCACGGGGGACAUAAUGGACCUGAACUCCAGCGAACUGGAAGGAUUUUUGGGGGACUUAUCUUAGAUAUCAAAAGAAAAGCUCCAUUCUUCUGGAGUGACUUCAGAGAUGCUUUCAGCCUGCAGUGCUUAGCAUCUUUUCUGUUUCUCUACUGCGCCUGUAUGUCUCCUGUCAUCACAUUUGGAGGACUGCUGGGAGAAGCAACUGAAGGUCGUAUAAGUGCAAUCGAAUCUCUCUUUGGAGCAUCCAUGACCGGGAUAGCCUAUUCUCUCUUUGGUGGACAACCUCUUACCAUAUUAGGCAGCACAGGACCAGUUUUGGUGUUUGAAAAGAUUUUGUUUAAAUUUUGCAAAGAAUAUGGGCUAUCAUACUUAUCUUUAAGAGCCAGUAUUGGACUUUGGACUGCAACAUUAUGUAUCAUACUUGUGGCCACUGAUGCCAGUUCCCUCGUCUGCUAUAUCACCCGGUUUACUGAAGAAGCUUUUGCUUCUCUGAUUUGUAUCAUUUUCAUUUAUGAGGCUCUAGAGAAACUGUUUGAACUCAGUGAAGCAUAUCCAAUCAACAUGCAUAAUGAUUUGGAACUGCUGACACAAUAUGCAUGUAACUGUGUGGAGCCACAUAAUCCCAGCAAUGAUACAUUGAAGGAAUGGAGGGAAUCCAAUAUUUCGGCCUCUGACAUAAUUUGGGAGAACCUGACUGUGUCAGAGUGCAAAUCGCUGCAUGGAGAGUAUGCUGGACGAGCCUGUGGCCAUGAUCACCCCUAUGUGCCAGAUGUUCUCUUCUGGUCAGUGAUCCUGUUCUUUUCCACAGUUACAAUGUCAGCCACUCUGAAGCAGUUCAAGACUAGCCGAUAUUUUCCAACUAAGGUUCGAUCCAUAGUGAGUGACUUUGCUGUCUUUCUUACAAUUUUGUGCAUGGUUUUAAUAGACUAUGCCAUUGGGAUCCCAUCUCCAAAACUGCAAGUACCAAGUGUUUUCAAGCCUACCAGAGACGAUCGUGGCUGGUUUGUUACACCUUUAGGUCCAAAUCCAUGGUGGACAAUAAUAGCUGCUAUAAUUCCAGCUUUGCUUUGUACUAUUCUAAUUUUUAUGGACCAACAGAUUACAGCUGUCAUCAUCAACAGAAAAGAGCAUAAGCUAAAGAAAGGUUGUGGGUACCAUCUGGAUCUAUUAAUGGUGGCCGUCAUGCUUGGAGUAUGCUCCAUCAUGGGCCUGCCAUGGUUUGUGGCUGCCACGGUCCUUUCCAUCACUCAUGUCAACAGCCUGAAAUUGGAAUCAGAAUGUUCAGCUCCAGGAGAACAACCCAAAUUUCUUGGCAUUCGGGAACAAAGGGUUACUGGGCUUAUGAUUUUUAUUCUCAUGGGAUCAUCCGUCUUUAUGACCAGCAUUCUGAAGUUUAUUCCCAUGCCAGUGCUAUAUGGAGUAUUUCUUUAUAUGGGUGCUUCAUCUCUAAAGGGAAUUCAGUUAUUUGAUAGGAUAAAGCUCUUCUGGAUGCCUGCAAAACAUCAACCAGAUUUUAUAUAUCUACGGCAUGUACCACUCCGAAAAGUUCAUCUCUUUACAAUUAUUCAGAUGAGUUGCCUUGGCCUUCUGUGGAUAAUAAAAGUUUCAAGAGCUGCUAUUGUCUUUCCCAUGAUGGUGUUAGCCCUGGUAUUUGUAAGAAAGUUGAUGGACUUCUUAUUUACCAAACGAGAACUCAGCUGGUUGGAUGAUUUAAUGCCUGAGAGUAAGAAAAAGAAACUAGAAGAUGCUGAAAAAGAAGAGGAACAAAGUAUGUUAGCUAUGGAGGAUGAGGGCACAGUACAGCUCCCACUGGAAGGGCAUUAUAGAGAUGAUCCAUCUGUGAUAAAUAUUUCCGAUGAAAUGUCAAAGACUGCCUUGUGGAGGAACCUUUUGAUUACUGCCGAUAACUCAAAAGAUAAGGAGUCAAGCUUUCCUUCUAAAAGCACUGAAAGCCGAAAGAAGAAAGCUGACUCAGGGAAAGGUGUUGACAGGGAGACUUGUCUAUGACUUGAUCUUCAAUUUAUUUUUUUUCAUAUAUCUGAGAAGAGUGUCACAAUUAUUAAUAAAACUGCUUUGAUCAUGUAUUGUAAAUUCUGUUUCUCAUCCCCAAUCCACCUUCAUACUGUAAGUAGUGCAAUACUUGUUUCAUUUCUGUGUUUAACCUUCUGAGCAGUGAGACAACCUUGUGAACAGAUACAAUAGCUAAUGCAAGAAUCCGUGUUGUGUUCCUUGCUGUAAGACAUUUAUAAACACUGAAUUCUCAUUGUCAGCUUUAUGAGAGCAAUAGCUUUCUUAAAGAGAUAAGUCAUAUUUGCCUAGUUUGUAUUUUCCUACUUUAGUAACCUGAAGAUGCCUGAUAAUUUCAUUCAGAAGAAUUUUGAAAGGUAGUCUUACUUCUUUUUAUUUUUAUAGAUUAGCAUUAGUGACUUACUUAAAAAAAAACAAUCAAACAGUUAGUUUGAAAGCAUUUUUAAUAAUAAUAUUUAUGCACUUCCUUGAUUUAAUAUGAUACAUUUAAUACUUAAGAAUUUAUAUGUAACAAAAACUUACAGUCAUUUGAAAAAAAAAUCUAUAACCUGUUCACAGCUUGUUAAAAACAAUCAGAUACUAAUGCAAUGAGUCAACUAGUAUUUGCUUAAAAUUCAAGUUGUGAAUACAUGAUCAAAUAUUAGGCUUGUAUGAAAUGCUUUAGAAAAACUUUGUAAUGGUUUUGUGGGAUUUAUCAGAAAUGUGAUGUUAAAUUUCUCUCCCAUUGACAAGAGAUGUUUUCCAAAUAAACCUAUAAAUACAUACUUGUGGAGUAACACAAGAUAAAUUAUCAUACAUGAAGUUCCACUUCUGUACAGUUAUUCUGCUAUUAAUGGUCAUGUACUGCUUAAUGUUGGUCCUGAAUCAUGUUCUAAUGAAGACCAAAAGGUCUCCAAUUGUAAUUUUUUUUUUCUGCAAAGCUCUUUUCCACUUUUUAAUUAAAUGCAUGUUGUGGAAAAACAAUCUUUUAAAUGAAAAUUUCAGAUUCUGUUUGAGAAGGUUCUGUAGAUAUUUUAGUCCAUAUGAAAUAAUCCAUAUUUAAUAAGCUUAUGCAAGAAGAAGGAAAGUUAAGGGUUUGAGCAUUACCAAAAAAUGUAAUAUUUAAUUUCAUUUUAGAUGAAUGUGAAAUGAAUAAAAACUAAAUCUGAGUAAUCAGUGGUCAUCACACUUAAAAUAUUUCAAUGUCCAAUUUUACAAUAUUUCUGAGCCCCUUAGCUUUUUUAUACUAUUAAUCAUGUACUCUGUACAUGCACACAAAAAGUAGAAUAAAUUCCUUUUUGUGAUUAAGCUAAUAAGGGGGAAAAAAAGCAACAAAUCCUCCAGUAGAUUUCACAUUUUGAUACCUUCUGAAAACAUUUUCCUCACAAUCCUUGAAGGAGUCAUUUUUUAAAAAUGGAACAUGAGUCAAAAAUUAUGGGAAGAAGAAUUUUCAGUUUAAAAAGUUUGUCUUUAUAAAUGCUGAAGAAAAAAAUACAGAAACUUUCUGUUCUAAAUAGGUUGCCUUUUUGUAUUUUAUAAUAGUGAUAUACACUGUAAACAUUUCCAUUAUUUUAUGAUUUAGCCAGCCAGUCCCAAAAGCAGUCUCCUAGUGUUUUAAUAUAUCACUAACUGUUCAGUUAAAAAUGAUCACAGUGAAUUAAAAACUUCAUGUGAUCACUGAUUUGAAUAAGCAAUCAUAUUCAAUGAAAUUCUGUAUUUCUGAGUAUUUUUAUAGUCAUUUUGUUCCUGUGUGAAUUUUAAUGCUAUCUCUAUGUUAAUCCUAAUAUUUUGAAAUCAUAUAAAACAUAAGAAAAAUGUAGUGUUAUAUAUUUACUCUUAAUUUCAGAUUCCUGGUCAGAAUUACUGAAUAUAUUGAAUGUAAUUUAUUGCAAAGUUUAAGUAAUGUGUAAAUGUGACUAGGAUAUUGUUUUUCAAAACAAAUGUUAUGUGGAAAUAAAUAUUUAUCCUAACUAA